AAUCUGAGUUUCGCGCGUAGAUUAUCCUCCUCCUAUAUCAGCGGUAACGCUAUCACCUAUAAUUAUAUUAUCUGCGUUAAUUAAUAGAGGCAUUUUAAUUAGACAGAGGUGGAUACGUGAUCCGUUAUAUGUCGUACAAGCGGUAGAAAAACAGACGUCGUCAGAGAGACGGAGUAGUCCCGGGACACACGAUGAGAAUCUCGGAGGGCUCUGCCGAUAUUCGCGCGGGGUGUCCCGAGAGUAGCUCAAAGCUCCGGACCAGCACCAGCACCAGCAGCAGCAGCUCUCUGUGUGAUGUGGAGAGCGGGACGAGGAAAGUAGAUGUCCGGUCCUCCGAGCCGAGUGGCGGCCUCAAGUACGACACUCCCCCGGGGGAGCGUCAACAACAACAGGGACGGAGCAGAACACCAAGCCCGGGCGAGUCCAGGUGCAUUCGUGAGGCCUCGGCUACAGUCGUGUGUUUCCGGUAACUUCACACUUGUUUUACCUUUUGGUGGAGGCAUCACACCGCGCCUUGUCGGAGCAGACUUCUGCAUGCUUUGGUUGGCCAAGGCCGCAAACGCUGACAGCGCUCCCCCCUUCACUGUCGCUUCUCAGUCGGACACACAUUGGCAAAGAGAAGACUGGAGCUGGAGCUGGAAGCCAGUGACCCCCAGGACCUUAAGGAUGGUGGUGGUGGGCCCACCAAAGCCAAGAAGCCAAUGGAGAAAGCCCCUCUGUCCCACAAAGGAGGAAAGACGCCCGCCUCCAGUCCCAUAGCACGCGACUGUCCGUUCAUGAAGCCGCGCUAUGACACCUCGCUCGUGUUCUUGACGCAGAGGUUCGCGGAGCUCCUGAAGCAAUCUGCCGAUGGAGUGUUGGACCUAAAUAUAGUCGCUCAGGAGCUCCAUGCCUCUAAGAGACGUGUCUACGAUGUCACCAAUGUCCUGGAGGGAAUCCAGCUCAUCAAAAAGAAGUCGAAAAACAAUGUCCAGUGGCUGGGCGGUUCUUUAAACUCGGAUAAUGAGCUGAAGGCUCUUAGUGCAGAGGAGAAGAGGUUGGACGAGAUGAUCCAAAUCUGUACGCAGCAGGUUCACAAGAUUUUUGACGACCGGCUGGGUCAGAAAUUUGCCUAUUUGACUUACGAGGAUGUCCAAAAGAUUCCCAGCUUGAAAGAACAGACUGUGAUUGUGAUCAAAGCCCCUGCUGAGACAAAACUGGAGGUGCCACACCCAGAAGAGAGCCUCCAGGUCCACCUGAGCAGCACAAAAGGGCCCAUUGAGGUGUUCCUCUGCUGUGAUGACCCCAUUCCUAUGGAUGUUACUGAGUGCAAUGUGGCCAAUGGCAGCCUCUUAAACUCAUCCACCAAUGGGAACAGCUCUGUUCCCAUGUCGCCGAACUCGUCCUUUAUCCAGAUGUCUUCCAAAGACAAUUCUAACCAUACUCAAGGAAUCAAUAGAAUCUCAAACUCGCUGUCCGAACCGACACAACACUCAACACCAGCUACUGUCACCCAUGUUCCCCCCGUGCCCACCUCUCUCCAACCUUCCUCUGGAGAUCAGCAGAGCUUUGUCACCCUCACUCCACCUCUGGCCCCCUCUCUUGAUCGGGGGGAGUACCUUCUAAGCCUUGCCGAGAAUGAGGGCAUCACUGACCUUUUCUCCUCUGUUGACCUGGAUCAGUUGUGCCUGGAUAUGCCCCUCUGAAUGAACAGCUGUUUUGGAAAUCUAAUCAUUUUGGAGGCAGUGGCCAUCUUCACACAAACAGGAUACAAAGGGAAUACAAUAAAGGAACAAAGUGCUGAUUUUUGAAUGUGCUUUUUUUUCUAUCUAUACAUUUGCCUAUCCUGGACGAUGUGACUGGGAUUUACUGAUGCUCAGGUAUGUGGACAUGGUUGUCUUCAGGACUUGGACUGAUUGCAUGUUAUUAGACAAGAGACUUUGUUCCAGACCUUUAAUCGGUUUCACCUCCGUGUGUCCUUCCCAAGUGUCCUUCUCUGAAGUCUCAACACAGGACUUAUUCUUGAUCAUUAUUGACACGACACUCUGUAGUCAUGGUCCGGAAGGACGUCAUUGAUGACAUUUUGUACUAUGAUCGCAAAGGAACCUUUACAAAAAAGCCUGAUUUAUUACAUUAAAAGCAUUAAAAAUGCAAUAAACCCACAUGUCUUGUGUUGGCUCUCCUACAAGGGAUGCCCUGAUCCAUCUGUUUCUCACCUGAAACCAAUUCCAAUACCCAAACUCUGGGAAUCUACUGAUACUAAGUAUCGAUCUUAUUCCACGGCUGUCGGUGAUACCUGAUCCAUUUAUUUCCAGUUUUGGGCCAAUACCAAUUCUAGCGUAUUGUCUACAGUGAAUCCAGUUUUGUCUUUAUAGCUUCUUCCUAAAUGGAAUUCUCCAUGGUCUCAAGAGAUUGUUGCAAUACUGAUUAUUUGGGAAAUUAAUAAUCAGCUCUACUGAUUGACUUCCAUGUACCUGCACAAGUUCACUAACACCUAUGCCAGCAACUUGUGUAGGUACAGUGACGCAGCCUGUCUUUAACCUUCAACUGAAAGUGCUGACUUGCCUCAUCUUUGCAUUGACAAACCUUUUAGUUUUUCCAUAGAAAAACCUAAAUAUUCAAUGACCUUAACCAACAUUAUCAGUGUAUAUUCUCACACUUGCAUUGAACAUCUCAAAUGAUUGAUACACAAAGACAACUGCUAAGCCUUUACGUUCUGAAUGACUUUCUUUCACUGUUUUUCAGAGUUUCCUCUCAGAACUAAACAUGGAUUGAGUCACACCUGAAAUACCAGCAUUUUACCAGCAUUUCUCCCAUUCUGCUCUUCUUAAUUAAAUUCCACUAUUCAAUGCACUGAACUUUUUUUUUUUUUUUUAGGAAAACAGACAUUCUGAACAUUACUUAACUCUUCUGUACUUUGGUUUGUGGUUGGAGGGGUAUCUUCAGUGAAAUGAAUACACAGACACCUGUAGGUAUUCUCUAAUGUAACACCAAGGUCUACACUUUUUUACGACGGAUUUUAUUUUACUUGGCAAACUACCUUUUUA